CAAACAACCUUCCGCUCUGUUGUGUGAUUAUAAAACCACAGCUGAGCUCCAGAACCGGACCGAACUUCAGGACUCAGCUUCUAUUGCGAGGCAGCGAAUGGGGUUUGACAGGUUCUGCAGUCUGGACCGGUCCGACCCGUUCUGGGACUGGAACCGCACAUGGCACACGUCUAACCCGGACCUGACCCCGUGUUUCCAGAACACGGUGCUGGUGUGGCUGCCAUGCCUCUACCUCUGGAUCAGCGCACCGCUCUACCUCGUGUACCUCCGCAGGAACAACCACGGCUACAUAUGCAUGAGUCACCUCAACAAAGCUAAGACCGCCGUCGGCUUCCUGCUGUGGAUCAUCUGCUGGUCAGAUGUGUUUUAUUCUUUCUGGGAAAGGAGUUAUGGCAGCACAGGCCCGGCCCCCGUCCACUUCGUCAGUCCCACCCUGCUGGGCCUCACCAUGCUGCUGGCCGCCCUGUUGGUCCAGUACGAGCGGAUGAAAGGAGUUCAGUCUUCUGGGGUGAUGCUGAUCUUCUGGCUGCUGGCUCUGCUGUGUGCAACAGUCAGCUUCAGGUCCAGAAUCCUGCAGGCUCUGAACCAGCCUCUGACGGUGAGUGUGUGGAGAUACACCACCUUCUACAUCUACUACGCCUUGCUGCUGGUCGCUCUGUUCCUGUCCUGCCUGACCGACCAGCCGCCGCUCUUCUCUCAGGCCGUUAAAGACUCGAAUCCCUGUCCGGAGCCUGGAGCUUCUUUCCUCUCCAGAAUAUCCUUCUGGUGGAUCACCAGGAUGAUGGUGACAGGCUACCGGCGCCCCCUAGAGGAGAAAGACCUGUGGUCCCUGAACCCAGACGACCAAUCCCACAAAGUGGUUCCACAGCUGGUCCGUCGCUGGAACUCCGAGUGCCAAAAGGUCAAGAGGACAGAGCAGAAGACGAUGUACUCCCCGAAGCGAGCCGCCCACACUGACGCCAAAGAAGGCCGAGCUGUGGAAGAGUCUGAAAUCCUGCUCGUGAAAUCCCCCAAGAAGACAAAGGAGCCGUCGCUGUUCUGGGCUUUGUGCCUGACGUUUGGGCCCUACUUCCUCAUCUCCUGCCUCUAUAAGAUCAUCCAGGACAUCCUCAUGUUUGUCGGGCCUGAGAUCCUCCGGCUCUUGAUCCGCUUUGUGAACGACUCCAGCGCCCCCUCCUGGCAGGGCUUCUUCUACACAGCUCUGCUCUUCAUCUGCACCUGCGUGCAGUCGCUCAUCCUGCAGAGGUACUUUCACGUCUGCUUCGUCUCGGGCAUGCGUCUGCGAACCGCCAUCAUCGGAGCAGUUUACAGGAAGGCCUUGGUCAUCAGCAGCGCAGCACGUCGCACCUCCACGGUGGGGGAGAUUGUAAACCUGAUGUCGGUGGACGCUCAGCGCUUCAUGGACCUCAUCACCUACAUCAACAUGAUCUGGUCGGCUCCUCUGCAGGUGGUUCUGGCCCUCUACUUCCUGUGGCAGAACCUGGGUCCGUCGGUUCUGGCUGGAGUGGCCGUAAUGCUGCUGAUGGUUCCUGUAAACGCCGUCAUCGCCAUGAAAACCAAAACCUACCAGGUGGCUCAGAUGAAGAGCAAAGACAAUCGCAUUAAGCUGAUGAACGAGAUGCUGAACGGCAUCAAGGUGCUGAAGCUGUACGCCUGGGAGCUGGCCUUCAAGGACAAGGUGUCGGAGAUCCGCGAGAGUGAGCUGAAGGUGCUGAAGAAGGCCGCCUACCUGGGUGCAGUUUCCACCUUCACCUGGGUCUGUGCGCCUUUCCUGGUUGCUCUGUCCACCUUCAGCGUCUACGUGCUCAUCGACGAGCACAAUGUGCUCGAUGCUCAGAAGGCCUUCGUGUCGCUGGCGCUCUUCAACAUUCUGCGUUUUCCUCUCAACAUGCUGCCGAUGGUGAUCAGCAGCAUGGUGCAGGCCAGCGUGUCCUUGAAGCGUCUCAGAGUGUUUCUGUCUCACGAGGAGCUGCAGGAAGACAGUGUAGACCACAAAGCAGUCGCUGGCUCCCCGCACAGUAUCACCAUCGUGGACGGAGUUUUCAGCUGGUCCAGAGCCGAAUCUCCAACGCUGAAGAGGCUGAAUGUGUGUAUCCCAGAAGGCUCUCUAGUUGCUGUGGUCGGCCAUGUUGGAUCAGGAAAGUCGUCUCUGCUUUCUGCUCUGCUGGGAGAAAUGGACAAACUGGAAGGAACUGUGGCUGUCAAGGGCUCUGUGGCCUACAUCCCCCAGCAGGCCUGGAUCCAGAAUUCCUCCCUGAGGGACAACAUCCUGUUCGGUCAGGAGAGGAUGGAGACGUGGUACCAGCGAGUGGUGGAGGCCUGUGCUCUUCAGCCGGACCUGGAGAUCCUUCCUGCCGGAGAUGAGACAGAGAUCGGAGAGAAGGGCGUGAAUCUGUCCGGAGGCCAGAAGCAGAGGGUGAGUCUGGCCAGAGCCGUCUACUGCGACCGAGCCGUCUACCUGCUGGAUGAUCCGCUGUCCGCUGUUGAUGCUCAUGUCGGAAAACACAUCUUUGACCACGUCAUCGGCCCGCAGGGACUCCUGAAGGACAAGACCCGCGUUCUGGUGACCCACGGGCUGAGCUACCUGCCUCAGGCCCACCUGAUCCUGGUGAUGGUGGAGGGGGAGAUCACCGAGGUGGGCUCCUACCAGCAGCUCAUGGCCACAGACGGAGCCUUUGCCGAGUUCCUGCGAACUUACGCGACUGUCGACCAAACUGACAACGACGAAUCAGUUCCAAAGAGCGGAGCCAAAGGAAUAGAGAACGGCAGUGUGACAGCUCUUGUUGGCAGUCCAGGUCCCAACAGUGCUUCUAAACUGUCUCUGAUGGACAAGGAGGAGAAGGAGCUGAGCAAGAAGACCAAGGACCCGAAGGUUGGGAAGCUGACAGAGGCUGACAAAGCCAGCACCGGGAGGGUCAAGCUGUCGGUGUUCUGGUCCUACCUGAAGGCCAUCGGAGUGGCUCUGUCCUGCAUCAGUCUGCUGCUGUUCCUGGCCCAUCAUCUGGUCUCCCUGUUCUCCAACUACUGGCUGAGCCUGUGGACCGACGACCCCGUGGUGAACGGGACCCAGCCCAACAGACUGAUGAGGCUGGGGGUGUACGGAGCUCUGGGCGUGUCCCAGGGUGUGGCGGUCUUCGGUUACUCCCUCUCCAUGUCCAUCGGAGGAAUCCUGGCGUCCCGCUACCUCCACCAGUCCAUGCUGUACGACGUCCUGCGCUCACCCAUGUACUUCUUUGAGCGAACUCCCAGCGGAAACCUGGUGAACCGCUUCGCCAAGGAGAUGGACACCAUCGACACGGUGAUCCCCAGCAUCCUAAAGAUGUUCAUGGGCUCCAUGUUCAACGUGAUGGGAGCGUGCGUCAUCAUCCUGAUCGCCACGCCGCUGGUCGCCAUCGUCAUCCCUGUCCUUGGGCUGCUCUACUUUCUUGUGCAGAGGUUUUACGUGGCGUCGUCUCGCCAGCUGAAGCGUCUGGAGUCCGUCAGCCGCUCGCCCAUCUACACCCACUUCAACGAAACACUGCUGGGAACCUCGGUCAUCCGAGCGUUCGGCGAACAGGAGCGCUUCAUCCGAGAGAGCGACCAGCGGGUGGACCACAACCAGAAGGCCUACUACCCCAGCAUCGUAGCUAACAGGUGGUUGGCAGUUCGCCUGGAGUUCGUAGGAAACUGCAUCGUGUCGUUCGCCGCUUUGUUCGCGGUCAUCGCCAGAGAGAGUCUGAGCCCGGGCAUCAUGGGACUGUCCAUCUCCUACGCCCUGCAGCUCACUGCCUCCCUGACCUGGCUGGUCCGGAUGUCCUCCGACGUGGAGACCAACAUCGUGGCUGUGGAGAGGGUCAAAGAGUACAGCGACACGGAGAAAGAGGCAGAGUGGACACACGAGUCCUCCAGCCUUCCUCCAGGCUGGCCAACCACUGGCUGCAUUGACAUCAAAGGCUUCGGUCUGCGAUACCGAGAAGAUCUGGACCUGGCCAUCCGCAACAUCAGCAUCAGCAUCACCGGGGGAGAGAAGGUCGGGAUUGUGGGCCGGACUGGAGCAGGAAAGUCCUCCUUAACGCUGGGCCUGUUCCGGAUCAUCGAAGCGUCCAAGGGAAGCAUCUUCAUCGACGGCGUGGACAUUUCUCAGCUCGGCCUGCACGAGCUCCGCUCCAGAAUCACCAUCAUACCGCAGGACCCGGUUCUGUUCUCAGGCUCUCUGAGGAUGAACCUGGAUCCCUUCGAUUCCUACUCGGAUGAGGAAGUGUGGAGGGCUCUGGAGUUCUCCCAUCUCAAGAGCUUCGUGUCUGGUCUGCCCGACAAACUCAGCCACGAGUGUAGCGAAGGAGGAGAGAACCUCAGUGUGGGUCAGCGCCAGCUGCUGUGUCUGGCCAGAGCUCUGCUGAGGAAAACCAAAAUCCUGGUUCUGGAUGAGGCCACGGCAGCUGUAGAUAUGGAGACAGACAACCUGAUCCAGUCCACCAUCCGUUCCCAGUUCGAGGACUGCACCGUCCUGACCAUAGCCCACCGCCUCAACACCAUCAUGGACUACACCAGGGUUCUGGUGUUAGACAAAGGAGAGAUGGCAGAGUUUGACUCUCCUUCCAGCCUCAUCAGUCAAAGAGGAGCCUUUUACAAGAUGGCCAAGGACGCUGGUCUGGUCUGAAGCAGGAGGUCCGACUGAAUCCAGCUGCUCUGAGCUUCUUCUGCCGCAGAGGUUCUGAGUCACAGAGCGACAGGAGAUGCAAUCGGCCCGAUUUCAAGUGUUUGUCAAAGCGAGGCUGCUGACGAGACAAAGGGUUUAGUUUGAGACGCUCCACCCUUCACCUCCGUCCUCAUGUAGCAGCGCCACCUCCUCCUGUCCGCCCAAACACGUUCGCCCAGUUGUCCGCCAAAUUCACACUCUGUCCCCGACAUGGAAGAGGGGGAGACGAGUUCCGUCACAUAAACCGAUCAGUUCAGAGGUCAGGACAAAGAAAACUGUACUUGGAAGUACAUCAUGUGUGCCAAAUACUGCCUUCAAGUCCACCGUUUGCUUUGAAAUGCAGUUUUUAAACAUCAGCGGCGAUUUAAGAAGAGUUUUCAGAUCUUGUUUACAAGGACGGCACAUAAAAAUAGCUUUUAUUAUUAUUAUUAUUAUUAUUAUUUGUCUAUAAAAGUAGCAAAGGGCAAAAGAUCCCACUUUACAGACUAUUUACAUUAAACUCAGAAAAAAUGUCAGAGCAGUGUUUUUACGUAAAAGCAGCUUUUAUUCACGUGUUUCCAGCUUUCUCAAAAUUAUACCUGAACAACAUGAAUCCGUAUUUCGCUGAAGAGAAGUGAAGAAACCAACCUCAGUUAAUGACAGCAGCUUGUGCGUUAGAGAAACACUGAGAGUUUCUGCCUCUUCUGUUCAGUCUCUGUGCUCUUCUGUACUGUGUUCAUACAGCUGAAAUCACCGUGUAGUGGUUCUAUUCUUCAAGGUUUUCUUUUAGUGUUGUCAGACGGCGACAAUCACAGCCGAUAAACACCAGCAGUCGUUUCCAAGCUGUUGUGCUGCUGAUAAAAUCCUAAACAUCAUCUGUUCAGCUUCAGUCCAGGUUCGUGACGAAGGCGCUGCACGUUUAACUGAUCCAUCCCGCUGACAGUUAAGGUGACGAAAGGCUGCUUAAUGUUGGGAUUUUCGGGUUUUCGUUUUAGAAAAGCUACGUUUUUUUUUUUGUGGAAAAGUGGGCAAAGUGCUGAAAUGAAGAAAAUCAUGGGUUUUUGACAUUUCGUAUAGUGUGUUCUGUUUUAUACAUACUAAUAAGAACUGAUACAAUCUGUAGCCUGCUGCCAGUGUAAAGGAGGAGACUGGCUUUAUUGUAUGUUUUCAUAUUCUAAGGAAAGUAUAAAAUAAGGCCAGACUCACCUGUACAGCAGGUGUUUCAGAGACAGCUCUGGUUCUGACCUUGUAGCUGCCGAGGCUAACUGACAUGUCUGAAUGUAAGAGAGAAUGUGUUACGGCGUCCAUCUUUAAUUUAGCUCUGAGAGCAUCAUCAGGUGGUACGAACAGCAGCAGGGCGGCCGGAUAAAGAAAACCGCCAGAAAACUACAAACGCACAACCUGCCGUGGAAUCUGUUUAAUAGAUUUCACUCGACUGUUACUUUACUUUCAGCACUGAUUUAUUUAUUGUGUUCUCUCUGCAACAGCUUUAAGUUGAUGUGUUCUUGCUGCUCGAUACGUUAGAGGCUUUACUCUGAGUUAAACGCUUUUGGAGCUGAGUUACUUUGAUCAUACGAAACGUUUGUUCUAGAAAGUCCAAGCUUUCAAGAGAAGUGGUCUCGAGUCUUAAAAGAAAAGUUUAGACUUUCCGGGCAAACUGUCAGUUCUCAUUGGUCCUUUUGUUUUUUAACGAGGAGGUACUGAAUGUGCAUUGAGUGGACAUUCCCGUAAUGUUUUUAAUGUACACGUUGCAUAUCUUUUGAAUUGUUUACAACUAAUAAAUUAUAGGCAAUUUUCCAAAGACUCUUCAGCUCUGACAGCAGUUUAAGUUGGGUUGACGCCCUUGUGCUUCUUUGCAUUGCUGUAUUUGAUUUAGUGAACUACUGUGGGGUUGCUUUGUGUUUUUUUUUUCUUUUCUUUUUUUCGAAUAAAGGUGCAAAAUGAAUGAGUUUUUAUUUAGUGUAGAGUUCUUGAAAUGACACCCAGAAAUAUAAUCCUAGUUUGUAAUGCGAACAGCUGAGUGCCCAGAAUUAUUCUGUUUGCAAGGGAACAAAUCAUGUUUCGAGUCUUAAUAAACACCAGAAGUGGAA